UUGUUUUGGUGACGUCACGCGGCUUCUUCUUCCGGCGGUCCCCGCUCGCGGCAGUAAACAUGGCGGACGGCUAGCUUUGACCGUGUUCAGUCCUGAAAGACUUUAAUGUGUUUGUUGUUGUAGUUUUUUAUUUUAUCGGAGCUUAAACGUGUAGUUUCCACCCCUGGUGUCCAGAGGGGUGUUGGCUGGUCUUUGCGCUCUGCAGGUUUCACGUGAAUAAAAAGGGUGAAGGAGAUAAACCGGCACCAUGGGGCGACGUUCAACCUCCUCCACCAAGAGUGGGAAGUUUAUGAACCCCACCGACCAGGCCAGAAAGGAGGCCAGGAAAAGGGAGUUAAAAAAGAACAAGAAGCAGAGGAUGAUGGUGAGAGCGGCGGUGCUGAAGAUGAAGGACCCCAGACAGAUCAUCAGAGACAUGGAGAAGCUGGAUGAGAUGGAGUUCAAUCCAGUCCAGCAGCCUUUGCUGAAUGAGAAAGUGUUGAGGGACAAGAGGAAGAAGCUGCGUGAGACGUUUGAGCGCAUCGUCCGUCUGUACGAGAGAGAGAAUCCCGAGACCUACAAGGAGCUGCGUAAACUGGAAUUGGACUAUGAGACCAAACGAGGGCAGCUGGCUCUCUAUUUCGACUCAGUCAAGAAUGCAGAGUCAGUGGAGGUCGACAGUAUCCCUUUACCAGACAUGCCUCACGCCCCCUCCAACAUCCACAUCCAGGACAUCCCUCUUCCAGGGGCUCAGCCUCCUUCCAUACUGAAGAAGAACACCUCUUUUGGUAAAGGACCUCUGUCGUCAUCCACUGGACCGAUUUUGGCAACAGUUCCUGGUGUGCCACGUCUACCUCCAGGGAGGAAGCCUCCUGGGCCUCCACCUGGACCUCCACCUCCACAGGUCCUAGCACUGUACGGCAUUCCUGUUCGACGAGGUUACGGCACAGAACUAGAGACGUCCAUUCCUGGAUUUGACAAGGACUCUGCUAUGGAUCUGGGAAGAGAUCGGGACAGUGGCAGUGAGAGCGACAGAGAUCGGGAUGAUGUGGACGACGACGAGAGCGACUCUGAGGAGGACAGUGAAGAGGAGAGAGACGAAGGGGUAGAGGGUGACCAGAGGAUGAGCGUGGACAGGCAGGACGAUGAGAGGGACAGAGAGGACGAUAGAGACAGGAAUGACAGACAUGCUGGUCGCAGUGUACGCUUCGCGGACAUGCCUCCAGAGGCACCGCGUGAAGGAAAGCAGAAGAAAAAGAGGUUGGUGAAGAGGACCAAGGCCAUCACUCCCCUGCAGGCCAUGAUGUUACGGAUGGCAGGUCAGUCAGUUCCUGAAGAGGAGGAAGAAGAGGAAGUAGAGGAGGAAUAUACAGACGAAUCAGACAACUCAGACAUCGAGGACAGGGGACCACCAGGGGACAACCAGCCCCACCUUAUGCCCAAUCAGCGCCUACCCCCUCCUUCUGGGCCAGUGGGACAGCAAGGACCUCCACACAUGCAAGGUCCACCCAUGACUGGACCCCCACCACUGGGUCCACCCCCAGCUCCUCCAAUGAGGCCUCCUGGUCCACCGUCUGGCCCGCCUCCCGGCCCCCCACCAGGUGCUCCUCCGUUCUUGAGGCCUCCGGGUAUGCCUGGUGGCAUGAGAGGUCCGAUGCCUCGUCUUCUGCCUCCUGGACCUCCACCAGGUCGACCCCCAGGCCCUCCACCAGGCCCCCCUCCUGGCCUUCCUCCAGGCCCCCCACCACGAGGACCUCCUCCCAGACUACCACCCCCAGCACCACCAGGUAUCCCACCUCCUCCUCCAAGAGCAGGAGGACCUCCACGUCCAAUGGCCCCUCCGCUCUCCCUCUUCCCUCCACCUCUCAACGCCAACGUGCUCAGCGCUCCUCCCAACAUCGUCCAGCGUCAAAAGGGCUCAGGAUCCAACCAGGAUGGUCCGCAAACCAACAUGCCUCCCCCUGCCAUGCCCAUGCGACCGGGCGUCAUGCAGAUGCCUCCCCCACCAGGAACAGCUGCCCCCCCUGGGGGCGCCAAUCCUGGCGGCAACGCUCCCGGCCACCACCAUGCGGCCACCAUCGAGAAGCGAGCAAACAUCACCUCUGUCGCAGCAGCCGGAGGCGGCCUGGCAGCGGGCGCAGGCUCCGGCGGCGCCACCAUCUCCGCCAAACCUCAGAUUAUCAAUCCAAAGGCGGAGGUCACCCGCUUUGUGCCCACGGCACUGAGGGUGCGUAGGGACAAAGGCGGAGCAAUGCCCGGGGCAUCAGCUGGGCCUCUGGAGAAGGCAGGAGGUGGAGGACGGAGGGGAGAUGAUGGCAUGGGAGGCGGACAGGGGACGAAACAGCAGACAACAGCUGCUCAGAUGGGCUAUGUCAACCCCGCCCAGAUGGGUGCUGUGUCUCAGCCCAACAUGAAGACUAAGGACCAGGUGUAUGAAGCCUUUAUGAGGGAGAUGGAGGGACUCCUCUAAGACUCGAGGGCGUUGGGGUGUGUUUGUUUUCUAUGUUUUCUGUGCAGAGUUCUAGAGGUAGCUGUCUACGACUCAGUCAGCUAGAUUAGUUUCUCUUACGUAAACUGAGGAACGGCUGCUACGCUGUCGCUGGUCUCAGGAGGCUCGUCUUCUUUUGGUUUCUUCAUUUGUCGUAUCAAAGAGAAUGUGAAUUUAUGCAUGUAAGAAGUCUCAUUUCAAAUAAAAUUGGUAACAUAAAGCUCAUAAAGAGAACACUAUCCUCUGCACUGAAAAGGAAAUGGUCAGAGACUGAAGUGCUCUUCUUCUUCAUGUUUUCUCCUCCAGCCAGCCGUUUGUGAUUCACCCUGACCAGAACAAGCGUUUUGUAUUUUAUGACUUUUAUUGACGAUCUCCUAAAACAUGUUUGAUGUCAAAUUUAAAGGUGUGGAUUGUUUGUCAACCACUGACAGAUACAUGUGUGCUGCAGCUAAAUAAACACGUCAUCAACUCUU